AAGGCAGACGAGGAGGGUCGGCCUAAUCCGAUCUGCGGUCUCGUCAAACCGCCGGUUUCUGUUGUGUCAAUAUUAUCACGGCUCUUUACUUUGAAGCGUGCAGAACCUACGCCUGCUGCCUUUGACAUGAAGUGUCCUCUCUGUAGAGGAUCAGUAUCAGGCUGGAUUCCUGCUGGAGAAGUCAGAAGGUAUCUGGACGAGAAGUCGAGGUGUUGCUCCCAUGAUCGCUGCAAAUUUGUUGGUAGCUAUGAGCAGCUGCGUGAGCAUGCUAGAACAGCUCACUUGCUUGCAAAGCCUGCCCUUGUAGAUAUCUCAAGGAAAAGGUCUUGGGAUCGCCUUGAACGUGAGCAGGAGUUUGGUGAUGUCAUUAGUGCAAUCAGGUCACAGAAUCCUGGUGCAGUAAUAGUUGGUGACUAUGUUAUUGAGACUAGAGAUGCAAUGUCUCCUGAUGAAGAUUCUGGGGAAGAAAGUGGUGAUGAUUGGUGGUCUCCUGCCCAAGACCAAGUAGAAUCACCGGAUAACCGACAUCGUGCCCCUAGGCCCUGGCUGAAUGGAAGACUAGGAUCACCUACCAUUUGGCCAGAUGGAAGGCAUGCCUUCCCUAGGUUUCUGCCGCAGCCCAGGCCAUUCAGUGAUAGGCGCAACUCACGUGAAGAUUGGCAGGGCAUCCGACGGUCAAGCGCGCAAAGCUGGCUGCGCCAGGGUUUCUCGAAUCGGCACUCGAGGCACACCAGCAGUUACCGCGGAUAUCGCCAUGGCAUCUUUGAUCGACGUUACGCUGGAAACAAUCGUGCAGGUAUUGAUAGGAGGCAGGAUGGCCCAGCACUUCCGCCGGGAAGACGGCAGCGUUUGAGAUACACGCAAAGAAGCCAGCAUGAUCCAUGAUCGGCCGAAGCAACACUACCUGUGCAGUAUUUAGUUAUUACAAACAGCCAAGCUAUCCUUGUAAAAUAGUUAGUGGUGGUUAAGAAUAAAUAUCUUGGCCUAUUUACUAUUCGUGUAUUAUAUCUGUCAGAAACGUUUUAGUGCAGCUGCAGAACUUCCCUUCUAAAUGUCUAUUCAAUGCCUUGUUCUUGGUAGUCUUGUCUAAUUUUUUCUGUGUGAGGUUCUUUUUCUGUGUGUGGUGGUUCUGUGAUAAAGUUGAAAUGAGAUAUAACAGCAUUUUCUGUGUGUUCA